UAAUCUCUCUUCACCUUCUUGCAAAUGUCUCAGGUUUUCUCAAAAUCACCAAAACACUGCGCCGAAAGACAAAGUUUUACCAUCAGCAAGAAACUACUCUUCGUUCUCUCUUCAGUUUUCACCAUCGUUUUAGUCUUCAUCUUCCUCAUCCGGCUAACCCUCCACCCUUCCAAACCCCGCUUCUCCCUCACGCAAGCCGACAUCUACCAACUCAACCUCACUCGCCCUUCGCUCCUCAACUCGUCCAUUCAACUCACCUUCCUCUCCAACAACCCCAACAAGAGAGUCGGCGUUUACUACGACAACUUGCAAGCUCACGCUUCGUAUGAAGCCCAGCAGAUAACCGUGGAUACUCCCAUUCCUCCGUUUUACCAAGAACACGAAGAGAGCAACUUUUUGACUGCGGUUUUGCAGGGAAAUGGUUUCCCCGUGGCUCCGGGUUUCGGUUACGAAGUGGGACGAGAUCGGAGUGCGGGGAGGAUGGUUUUGAGCUUCAAAGUCAUCGGGAAACUCCGGUGGAAAGUCGGGACUUGGGUCUCCGGCCGGUAUCGGUUUAACGUUAACUGUGUGUCGGUUCUGGCGUUUGGACCUAGUGCUGCACCGUCGAGUCCGUUUAUCGGUUCAAGUAGAGGGACUCGAUGUUCCACCGAUGUGUGAGAUAAUAUGCUGAACUUUCUAUCUGCUUGAUAAUGUUCUGUAGUUUUCAAAUUUAAGAUUC